AUGAAUGGUGCCACUCAACAAAGUGACACAUCGGAGGACUUGGGCAGUGAAAGGUGUCCAUUUUGGGAGAGGCUGUGGUGCGCACGCGCAGCCAGGGCCUGCCGGCGACGCUUCGGCAGAGUGGCGCCUGAAACCGGAUGCAACGGAAAGACGAGGAGCCGCGAAUCACGUCGUCGAAUCAACCGGCCUCCUUCAGCGAUCUACAGUGCCCUUAGUGAAAGGGUUCGCAUCAGCACACCUGCUGGCCUGCAAUGUGCGCUGUUCUGUGGCGGCUCCCGCUGCCAGUACGAGCAGCCACAUCACGGCAACUCUGCUAUACAGGGGCUUUACUCUGAUUGGGUCACAGAUGACAUCCUGGCGAUGGCGCGCCCGAGCACCGCCGGCAUCGCGUCUAGGAACAUUAUACAACAGUUUCACAGUUGGGGCAUCAGAACUGUGAUCAACCUGCAGACCUCAGGAGAGCAUGCGAGCUGUGGGCCACCCCUUACUAACUCCGGCUUUACCUACGAUCCCAAUAUCUUCAUGACCAACGAUAUAUACUACUACAACUUCGCGUGGCCUGACUAUGGUGAAGCUAGUCUGAGUGGGUUGCUGGACAUGGCCAAGGUACUGUCCUUUGCGCUGCAAGAAGGAAGAGUUGCUAUUCAUUGUCAUGCAGGACUAGGCCGCACGGGCGUCCUCAUAGCCUGCUACCUGGUGUACUCGCUACGGAUACGCGCCAACGACGCCAUUCGCCUCGUCCGCAAGAAGCGCGCGCACUCCGUCCAGAUGAGCGGCCAGAUCCUGUGCGUGCAGCAGUUCGAGCACUACCUCUUGCCGCAGACUAUUGUCUUCAGUUCUAAGGACUCAGUGAUGUUAACAAAGGAUCGGAAGACCUCAGAGUUCACACUCCGUCAAUAUCUAUACCGUCAGAGGGCGACUCUGCAUGGAGCGGAGGAGAGAGCAUUCAGGGAACUGCCAAAGAUUGUGUAUUGCCUCUGUGAGCGCCUGCUCAAGCUGUGCGGGUGUCAUCAGAGCAGCGGCUUGGACUUGAGGGUCAGGAACAGGCCUUUCUACAAGUCCUUUUUGACUUACAAGCUGAAGCAAGGCCGCCCGCCUGAAGUACAGACACCGCCAGAGGAAGUUGUAGCAAUGCAAGUGCCAGCUCUGCCAAUGGUGGAAUGGCGAGACCCGAUAGAAGAGGACAUCGAGAGGAACCUAGAGUCAGUGAGUAGACUAACCGGCGGGGCCACUGCGGGGAGCAUACCAGCUGUGUUGGUGCAUGAGGCUUUCGUCUUGGACCACCAGAGUCUUUCGGACGAGAAACAGAAAUACCUCCGGCAACUUCGCACCGAGAUCAAUCAGAGAAAAGAUGCUAUGGCCAAAAUCGACGAAGAGGAGGACCCGGAAGUACUAACAGGUCUAUUAUUUGACUGGUUAGAAGGCCUAAAGCAGCCAGUCCUGGACAAGGAGGACCUUUCCACCAUCGUCGGUCGAUGUAAACACGUGGAAAUGUGCAUUUCGGCUUUACAAAUGGAGGACGUAAUGUUAAUCGAAUAUUUGCUUCGCUUCGUUAUUCGACUAAGACCGCUCGCAGCGCAAAAGAAAAUAGAUAUUAUUAAACGAUUAAUCGGAUCGCUAACCCAGCAAUGCAUACCAGUCAACGGAAAACCCCUUCCAAAUAAAGAUAUUCCAAAAUUAAGAGAUGGGACGUGUGUACAAGUUACCAAUUUCAUGUUACGAAUGGUGGUAGAGAUCCAAAAGGAUAUGUCGAAACCUGGUCGAGAUGAUACUGAUGUGGUUAUACCUCCAAGAAGAUUGAGAAUAAAAGCUUGGAAAUGA